CGGCUCGCGCUCCGCCCUCCCCCUGUCGCUGGGAGAUUUAGGAGGCGCAGGGAGGAGAGGAGUGGGGCGGCGGGCAGGUGUAGGCCAUGCCUAACUAUUCAUAGUUGGAUUCCUGGAAGGGCAUAGCCCGAGAGAGUUGUCUUGGGAAGGGGUUCUGGGGUCCCGCUCCCGCCCUUUGUUUGGGCUCGGCUCUGCCCGCUGCAUCAUUGUCGCCUAGCAACAACCGCCCCGAGCUGUGAUUGGUUGAGCUCUUGGGCCCAGCGACCAAUGGCACGGUUGUUGCCAUGGCAGGUGUGGACUGCCAAGUUCAGGCCUGCCCGCUGGCCCUGGCGGCCCUCCAAAAUGGGAGGCCAGACGCCUGUGUCCCUGGGGGCCGGUGGCUGCGUGGGGCGGGGCCGGCCGGUCGAGGGUUACCCCGCCCCUCCCCCGUCCACCUGCCUUUCCCUUCCCUGUGUGCCCCGGAUUGACCCUCGUCCCUGUCCCCUCCUCUUCCCUCCUCCCCCCGCAGCGGCUGCUGUUGUCACCCACCGGCCGCCUGUCCCGCUUGCCCUCCCUGCGGUAGGGCUUGCCGGAGCCCGCUGGCCCGGGACAGGCGGCUGUCUCCUCACCGCCGCCACCGCCGCCAUGCUGGCUGCUCGCCCACCCCACUGGGGGCCCCACCGCGCCCCAGCCUCCCGUGGGCCCCGCACCAGCCCUGACCCGGGUCUCAGCGGCGGUGGCAGCCGAGGUGCAGGAUGCGAGAAGGCGCCCCCCGGCCGGGCUCCCGCUCCAGGCCUCGCUCCCCUGCGGCCCUCUGAGCCCACCAUGGCCGUCCCACCGGGCCAUGGUCCCUUCUCUGGCUUCCCAGGGCCCCAGGAACACACACAGCAGGUAUUGCCUAACGUGCGGCUCUUGCCGAGGAGGCUUCCCCUGGCCUUCCGGGAUGCAACCACGGCCCCGUUGCGCAAGCUCUCCGUGGACCUCAUCAAGACCUACAAGCACAUCAAUGAGGUCUACUAUGCAAAGAAGAAGCGGCGGGCCCAGCAGGCUCCUCCUCAGGACUCAAGCACCAAGAAGGAGAAGAAGGUCCUGAACCACGGUUAUGACGAUGACAACCAUGACUACAUAGUGCGCAGUGGCGAGCGCUGGCUGGAGCGUUAUGAGAUUGACUCCCUCAUUGGCAAAGGCUCCUUUGGCCAGGUGGUGAAAGCCUAUGAUCAUCAGACCCAGGAACUGGUGGCCAUCAAGAUCAUCAAGAACAAAAAGGCCUUCCUGAACCAGGCCCAGAUUGAGCUGCGGCUGCUGGAGCUGAUGAACCAGCAUGACACGGAGAUGAAGUACUACAUCGUGCACCUGAAGCGGCACUUCAUGUUCCGGAACCACCUGUGCCUGGUGUUCGAGCUGCUUUCCUACAACCUGUAUGACCUCCUGCGCAACACGCAUUUCCGGGGUGUCUCGCUGAACCUGACACGGAAGUUGGCGCAGCAGCUCUGCACGGCGCUUCUCUUCCUGGCCACGCCCGAGCUUAGCAUCAUUCACUGCGACCUCAAGCCUGAGAACAUCCUGCUCUGCAACCCCAAGCGCAGUGCCAUCAAGAUCGUGGACUUCGGCAGUUCCUGCCAGCUUGGCCAGCGGAUUUACCAGUACAUCCAGAGCCGCUUCUACCGGUCACCCGAGGUGCUCCUGGGCACGCCCUAUGACCUGGCCAUUGACAUGUGGUCCCUGGGUUGCAUCCUGGUGGAGAUGCACACCGGAGAGCCCCUUUUUAGUGGCUCCAAUGAGGUGGACCAAAUGAAUCGGAUUGUGGAGGUGUUGGGCAUCCCACCAGCUCCCAUGCUAGACCAGGCACCCAAGGCUCGCAAAUACUUUGAACGGCUGCCUGGGGGUGGCUGGACCCUACGGAGGACAAAGGAACUCAGGAAGGAUUACCAGGGCCCUGGGACACGGCGGCUGCAGGAGGACCUGGUGCUGCGCAUGCUGGAGUAUGAGCCCGCCGCCCGCAUCAGCCCACUGGGGGCUCUGCAGCAUGGCUUCUUUCGCCGCACGGCAGAUGAAGCCACCAACACAGGCCCGGCAGGCAGCAGUGCCUCCACCUCGCCCGCCCCCCUCGACACCUGCCCCUCCUCCAGCACCGCCAGCUCCAUCUCCAGCUCUGGAGGCUCCAGUGGCUCCUCCAAUGAUAACCGGACCUACCGCUACAGCAACCGAUAUUGUGGGGGCCCUGGGCCCUCCAUCACUGACUGUGAGAUGAACAGCCCCAAGGUCCCACUCUCCCAGCCGAUGCGCCCCUGGGCAGGCGGUGAUGUGCCCCACAAGACACAUCAAGCCCCUGCCUCUGCAUCAUCACUGCCAGGGGCUGGCACCCAGUUACCCCCCCAACCCCGAUGCCUUGGCCGUCCUCCAUCACCAACCUCACCACCACCUCCGGAGCUGAUGGAUGUGAGCCUGGUGGGCGGCCCUCCUGACUGCUCUCCACUCCAUCCUGCGCCUGCCCCCCAGCACUCGGCUGCCUCAGCCCUCCGGACUCGGAUGACAGGAGGUCGUCCACCCCUCCCACCCCCUGAUGACCCUGCCACUCUGGGGCCUCGCUUGGGCCUUCGUGGUGUACCCCAGAGCACGGCAGCCAGCUCAUGACCCUGCCCCUCCCCUGGGGCCCUCCUGAAGCCAUACCCCUCCCCCCAUCUGGGGGCCCUGGGCUCCCAUCCUCAUCUCUCCCCUUGACUGGAAUUGCUGCUGCCCAGCUGGGGUGGGUGAGGCCUGCACUGACUGGGGCCUGGGGCAGGGGGUCAAGGAGAGGGGUUCAGGCGUGCCCCCACACUAAGGACUGGACCCUUGGCCCCCUCUCUCCCCUUGUUUUCUAUUUAUUGUACCAAAGACAGUGGUGGUCCAGUGGUUGGGAGACCCCCUUCACCCCAGGGCCCUAGGAAGGGGCGGGGGCAGGUAGGGGGAGAUGGCAUUGCUCCUCCUUGCUGUACCCCCCAGUAAAGAGCUUUCUCACAU